AUGAAUUCUCAGCUGUCAGCAACACCAACAGAACUGAAUUCUACAAUUGUCAAACCACUGGGGUUUUACAUCAACGGUUUUCAUUCAUUGCAGAACACCCAUUAUUAUUUUAUAUUCCUGUCUUUGGUUUAUCUUGCAACCCUUUUAGCAAAUUUCCUGCUAAUGGCAAUUAUUUGGUUUGUGGAGAGCCUGCACACCCCAAAGUAUCUCACUAUCUUUAGCUUAUCAGUGGUAGAUGUAAGUUACAGCACAGCAAUCAUUCCAAAAGCUAUCGAUGUUUUUCUUUUUAACUCAAGAUUUGUUUUCUAUGGCGUUUGUUUUACUCAACUGUUUUUUGUCCAUUAUUUUUGUGCAAUGGAAUCAUUUACUCUUGCUGUAUUAGCAUAUGACAGAUUAGUUUCGAUAUGUUUCCCAUUGAGAAGUAAUACAAUCAACACAAACACUAGAAUGAUUGUAAUCAUAGCAGUGACUUGGAUAAUCCCUUUUGUAUUUAUGGUUGUCACAAUAUUUUUAUUAAAACGCUUGUCAUUCUGUAAAUCCACAGCCAUUGAAAGCUAUUUCUGUGACCAUGGGCCAGUGUUUGUUUUGGCUUGCAAUGAUAAUUCUCCAAAUUGGACAAAUGUAUACUUUUAUGUUGUAGGUAUUAUUUGUGUGCCAUUGGCUUUCAUUAUAAUAUCAUAUAUAUCCAUUAUCAUAUCCCUUUUAAAAAUAGCAUCUGCAGAAGGAAGGCGGAAAGCAUUUAAAACAUGCUCUACCCAUUUAACCUUAGUAGCAAUAUUUUACAUACCUCUGUUAGUGACCUAUAUUAUAGUAUUGGUAAAGUUCCGUAUAGACACAGAUACCAGGAUUCUUAACACUUCCUUGUCUGCUACUCUUCCACCGUUGCUAAAUCCAAUUAUAUACACCUUGAAAACUGAAGAAAUUUUGGAGCAGAUUAAAAACUUCAGGAAGAGAAUGGUUAACCCCAUGAGGUGA